AUGUCCUACUACCCAGGUCAAGGAUAUCAUGGAGGAGGAGGAGGCGGCGGCGGCGGCGGUUACGGAUACGCUCCUCCUCCUGGACCUCCUCCUCCCCAGCAAGAAUACGGCGGUUAUUCUGGAGGCCAUUCUGGAGGUCAGAGAUAUCCUCCUCCGUCAUACCCUCCUCCUCCCGGCCUUGACGCAUACGGCUAUCGUCUCCCACAAGGCCAGCACCACUAUGCUGAGCACGCUCGAGCCGGUCCACCUCCUCCAUCUACGCCCCAACAGUUCGGUCACGGAGCUCCCGAAGGCUAUACUUUCCAAUAUUCCAACUGUACCGGUCGUCGCAAGGCUCUUUUGAUUGGCAUCAACUACUUCAAUCAGGAGGGAGAGCUUCGAGGCUGUAUCAACGAUGUUCACAACGUGUCGGCCUUCCUUGUUGAGCGAUAUGGCUACAAGAGAGAGGAUAUGGUCAUUCUGACCGAUGAUCAAUCCAACCCAGCCAUGAUUCCCACCCGCGAAAACAUGAUUCGCGCCAUGGGCUGGCUUGUGUCAAACGCUCAGCCCAACGAUGCCCUAUUCCUCCACUACUCUGGUCAUGGUGGUCAGGUUGAAGACUUGGAUGGCGAUGAAGAUGACGGAUACGACGAGUGCAUCUACCCCGUUGACCACACCGAAGCUGGUCCCAUCAUCGAUGAUGAGAUCCAUUUCCGUGUCGUGAAGCCCUUGGUGCAGGGUGUCCGUCUCACGGCCAUUUUUGACUCGUGCCAUUCAGCCACGGUCAUGGAUCUCCCAUACGUCUACUCAACAAAGGGUGUUCUCAAAGAACCCAACCUAGCCAAGGAAGCUGCAUCAGGCCUCUUCGACGCCUUUAGAGCAUACUCUAGUGGAGAUCUUGCGGGCGCCGCUGGUUCUGUUUUCGGCUUGGCGAAGACCGCCUUCCGAGGUGACGAUGCGUACGAGAAGACCAAGGACACGCGAACAUCGCCUGCCGAUGUUAUCAUGUGGUCAGGAAGCAAAGAUGACCAGACAUCGGCCGACGCCACGAUUAAUGCUCAGGCGACAGGCGCCAUGUCGUGGGCGUUCAUUUCAGCAAUCAAGGCAAAUCCUAAGCAGAGCUAUGUCGAAUUGCUCAACAGUGUUCGCGACAUUCUGGAGACGAAGUAUACCCAGAAGCCACAGCUGUCGAGUAGCCAUCCGAUCGACACCGACCUUCUGUUUAUUAUGUGA